UGUAAAUGAUUUAUAUGUGAAUGUGGGCAAUUUUUGCCGAUCAUAUGUUUUUGUAAAUAAAGUAAAUUUUGUAAAUUCGUAUAGGAAAAUGUCUAAUUUAUUGCGUUGUGUCGCUCAAACCAUAUGCCGUAAUAUUGUGCAAAUCAACCGAAGUAUAACAACUACUUCUACAGUUUUGGUUAAAGAAAUUCAUGAAAAAGUGGAGAAUAAUGCACUUGUCCUGGAAGCUGCGCAUGUACCUUCGCCGCGUGCCGAUCUCAUGCUAAAUGAAGCGUGCGGCACAGGAUUUUGUCCAGAAUGCACACUAGGCUUAGACAUCAAACAUACGGAUGUGUUGAUUUUGUCACAAUACGUGCGCUCCGAUGGUUGCAUGUUACCCCGUCGUAUUACGGGAUUAUGCCAAAGACAACAGAAACGUAUUGGUACAUUAGUAACUAUGGCACAGAAGGCCGGCUUGAUGCCGAAUUUAACACCCGCAUGGAGUAAAAAGGACCCAAAGAAGCGUUUCGGUUGGAAGAAAUUUAAUAAAUACUACCUUGAAGAGUCGAUAAAAUACUGAAAGCGAGUUUUAAUGUUAUUAAUUAUGUAUUUACAUAUAUG